AGUUUCGUAGGUUGGUAUUCAUUCUAUUUCUGUCUCUCUUCCUCUUUUUCGGCAAGAAGACAUAAACAACAGUUCUCAACAUUUGACAAAGUUUUUCUGAACAAAUGGCGUGAUGAUUGUGUGUCGACCGAACGUUUGCAAGGAGGCGCCCAAUCCGCAUUUGCAGUGAAUGACAAGUGCGUCCCCGGUGCGUCCGUGGAACGAGGGGGGACAUUCAAUGCUAUGUUAGAUUUGAUUUAGCUGCGAACCACGAGCGAGGAUUUUCUCUGGCCAUGAUGACUCACAAAACUAGUGGGAGCAGUGGCAAGAAAAAAGUUCAAGUUUCCUAUGUCAUCAGAGAUGAAAUAGAGCCAAGACAUCGGUCUGGUGUGAAUUCAUUGCAAUACUCGGCUUCUAUCCAGAGACUUUAUUCAGCUGGACGCGAUGGUAUCAUUAGGGUGUGGAACCCUAGUAACAUGAAAGACCCUCUCGCCCUGUCUAUGGAGCAUCAUACAGACUGGGUCAAUGAUGUUGUACUCUGUUGUGGAGGUCGAAACUUAAUAUCUGCAAGCUCAGACACAACUGUCAAAGUCUGGAAUGCUCACAAAGGCUUUUGUAUGUCAACACUUCGUACUCAUAAGGAUUAUGUUAAAGCUCUUGCGUAUGCUAAAGAUAGAGAACAAGUUGCAUCUGCUGGGUUGGAUAGAGCAAUCUUUCUUUGGGACAUAAACACCUUAACAGCUCUGACUGCCAGCAACAAUGUUGUAACAACUUCAUCUGUAAGUGGAAAUAAGGAUUCAAUUUAUAGCUUAGCGAUGAAUCCAUCUGGCAGUGUCAUUGUCAGUGGUUCUACUGAAAAAGUUCUCAGAGUAUGGGAUCCUCGCACGUGCACUAAAUUGAUGAAGCUUAAAGGUCAUAAGGAUAACGUCAAGGCUUUAGCUGUGAAUAAAGAUGGGACUCAAUGCCUUUCUGGGAGCUCAGACGGUACAAUGAAACUAUGGUCAUUGGGCCAGCAAAGGUGCAUGCAGACAUUCCAUGUGCAUGAUGAGGGAGUUUGGGCCCUUUUGGUCAAUGAUGCAUUUACACAGGUCUUGUCUGGUGGUAGAGAUCGUAAAAUUUUUAUGACUGAUCUGCGAAAUCCAGACAGGAGGGUUUUAAUAUGUGAAGAAUCUGAACCAAUUCUAAAGAUGAUAGCAACACCGGAUCAGACAGGAGUUUGGGUUGCUACAUCAACUUCACCUAUCAAACUCUGGAACCUUCCUAAACCCUCCACUCUGUCUGAGAGUAGUCAUCCUAUGGAUUAUGACGAAGCUCCAAAGCCAUAUAAUUCUAAGCCAGAUCUCAUCAUCAAGGGUGGAGCUGCCAUACGUCAAUUUAACAUAUUAAAUGAUAAACGGCACAUUGUUACCAAAGACACAGAAAAUAAUGUGGCUGUUUAUGAUGUUCUUAAGGCUGUCAAAACUGAAGAUUUAGGUGUAGUUGAUUAUGAAGAAGAAAUAAAGAAGAGGCACAAGGUGAUUUAUGUUCCCAACUGGUUUAAUGUUGAUCUCAAAACAGGGAUGCUUACAAUUCACUUGGGACAGGAUGAAAAUGACUGCUUCUCUGCCUGGGUUUCUACUAAAGAAGCAGGUCUUUCCUCAGGAGAAGCUGCUGACCAAAAAGUCAACUACGGGAAUCUUGUGCUUCAAGCUCUUCUUGAGCAUUGGUGGCGACCCUUAUCAAAUGAUGAAGAAACAGAUGGUCAAGGCGACACUCCAAAUACUGGAAACAAUACUCACACUAGAGGGGGAAACGAAUACUUCUCAGUCCCAUCACAUACUCCUGUCAUUCUUAGUGAGGUUGGUGGCAGAACUCUGUAUCGGCUCCUUGCAAGAGAUGCUGGUGGUGAGACUGAGGGAGUUCUUUUGAAUGAAACAGUUCCAGCCUGGGUGGUUGAUAUUGUUAUGGAGAAGACCCUGCCAGUUUUCAUCAAAAUACCAUUUUAUUUAUUACCUCAUGGAUCGUCAGGAAUGCGAACAAAAAAGGAUAGGUUGAUUGCAAAUGAUUUUAUUCAAGUCCGUAAAGUUGCGGAGCAUGUACUGGAGAAGGUUCUUGGAGCAGGGUCCGAAAGCGGCUCUGUAGCUGCAGGCCCUGCCAAUGCUGACAAGGAGUCUGAGGAUGUUCAGGACUCCAGCUCCCUGGCCGAAGAAAAAGUGGAACUUCUUUGCAAUGACAUUAUGCUGGAACCAAACAUGGAUCUGCGAACAGUGCGUCACUUCAUCUGGAAAUCUUCAUCUGACCUCGUACUCCACUACCGACCAGUGAAAUGAUCAGGGCUUGCCUCGGACCCUGUCCCUGUCCCGGCCAUGGCCUCCACCCCAACCAACUCCCUUGGGCACCUUGGACAUCUUGGGCCAGUGUUGCCUAGAGAGGUCCCUCCAACUCCAGCCCACAGUCCUGCGACUCCCCAAGCAGUGCUGCGCAUUGCUCGCAGCUCCCCUUACAAGUGCUCGUCAGUAUAAAGCACGAUUUAAGCCAACCAGUACCUGAUAGCAUAGUGUUAUGUUUUAAUUUCUUUCGUUUUCCCCCUUCUAUUUAAGGUCCCAUUGCAUUUAUCUGGUAUUCAUAACGAUAUAAAGGGGGGAAAAGACAUCAAAAAAUCAUUUAAGAGUGACUUUAUUUUAACAAGUAUUAUUGGUCAGUUUGCUUGAGGAUAAACCUGCACUGCAGUACUGUACUUGAUUCAAGAAUGGCCUUUUUUUUACUCAACUGGUAAAAAUACAAAAUACCCUUAAUAAGUUUUGUGUGUGUUGCUAGGUAAGAGUCAUUGAUCACCUGACUUGCUGAAGCAAUCAACCAAAACAAUUUUUAUCAAUCUCUUUAAUGCCAUUCAGAAAUAAAACAUCAAUUAUCAUCAUUAAACUGUAAAGCUUGAUUGAUUAUGCAGUCUCUUGCAGAAUAUAUUUUGUCACUUAUCAUUCCUAAAAUGAGGUCUCUGUCUGGAUUUACCCAUUACUAGUGCCAACUUAUUUUUAGUGCCAAUAAUGGUUCAAACAUAUCAUUCCAAAUUCAUGCCCUUGUACCGUAGUAGUGCCCGAUUCAGUUGUUACACUAUGUUUUCUUAUGUUGUACAGGGUUAAAAUGAACCAGCAUCAGUUCUGCGCAAAUACUGCCUUGUCUCCCGACCAUAAUUACGAUAGUUUUGUUUUUAAUUGAAUAACUAUUUCACUUGAUUGUACUUAAGCCAUCCUUGAACUGAAUCUUACUGUGGUGUUUAACUGUUGGAGAACUGAAUAGAAAACGAGGUCUGUCCUUGUUAAUGUUUCCGCCAUCCCUGUUUCCAUUACCGUCUUCAAACACCACUGCCCAUGUAAAGCAAGAAAAGUGAUGUGAUCAAAGUUUGUGAUUGUGACAUGAAAUAUGUCAUAUGUUUUUAGUUUUCUGUUCCAAUAGAAGAACAGUUUGAUUUUUCUUGUAGAUUGAAAGGCACUGAAUAUGACCUUGAUUUAAUUACCUGAGGAAAAUGUUUUUGUUCAAUCUUGUUGUGUUUAAUCUUGGUCUGCUUAGCCAUGUGAUGUAAGCAGAGUGCAUGUCUUUUAAUUUUCUUAUGAUGUUGGUUCACUGAUGUGUUACCAUUUGUUACUGGGUAGCUGUGUAGAACUUGAUUAAAGCCUUUGGGAACAAGAUUUCUUUCCAUCAAUAGUGAAUAGAAAUAGUGUAUCUUACAGUAAGAGAAGUGCCUGUGUUUACUUUAGUUGGGAGUCAUUUAGGUGUAUGUUUCAUAUCAGUCAUCAUAAGAUUAACUUAUGUUCUUUUCUUACCAGAUGCAUGAAACAUUGUUUGUAUAGGCCUUAAAAUUUGUGAUAUGACUUUGCCUGCAUCUUUGAGAUAGUAUUGUAAGAUUUACUGUCUCUUGUUGACAUGGUUCAAAAUACUUGCAUUUCCAAGUUAGUUUUGCCUAACAAUGGAAUUAUAACAUACUAAAGAGUGAAUUGUUUCAUACUGGAACAGCAUUUUAUUCCCACUCAUUGACCUAUGGCCAAGAGAAUUGCAUUGCUUUAUCUUGACACCAAAGGAGGCAUUCUGUGGCAAGGGAAAUUAAUUUACUUGACUUGUGCUGUAUAUUUUGUUUUAUUGAAACAUAAGUGCUUGUUGAUGAAAGCUCUUUAGUUAAUACUGAAUUACCAUAAGAAACAACACUUUGUUCUCUUUUAUAAGGGUGUAGAACUUGCUCAUUCACACAUAGAAGAAAAAUAAAGUCUACUUAUAUUAAA